GUGACACAGGCACAACUGACAGUGGCAGAAGCUCAGCUGACAAGGACUGGGAACGGCGGUGUCCUUGUCUUGCCUUUGUCGCCCCCGCCCCUCUCUUCCCUGGCUGGGCCUGCGGAGUCCCCGCCGAAGAACCCGAGGAGCCAUAUAUUGAAGACCAUGUCUGGAAGCUUCUACUUUGUAAUUGUUGGUCACCAUGAUAAUCCAGUUUUUGAAAUGGAGUUUUUACCAGCUGGGAAGGCAGAAUCCAAAGACGACCAUCGUCAUCUGAACCAGUUCAUAGCUCAUGCUGCUCUCGACCUCGUAGAUGAGAACAUGUGGCUGUCGAACAACAUGUACUUGAAAACUGUGGACAAGUUCAACGAGUGGUUUGUGUCAGCAUUUGUCACUGCGGGGCAUAUGAGGUUUAUUAUGCUUCAUGACAUAAGACAAGAAGAUGGAAUAAAGAACUUCUUUACUGAUGUUUAUGAUUUAUAUAUAAAAUUUUCAAUGAAUCCAUUUUAUGAACCCAAUUCUAUUCGAUCAAGUGCGUUUGACAGAAAAGUUCAGUUUCUUGGGAAGAAACACCUUUUAAGCUGAAUGGAGAAAAUUCCAGAAUAAAUGAUGUCACCACAAUGGUGUAUACUCAGGAAUGUGUACGUUGUAAAUUACUUGAUUAAAUAGCGUGGAAAUCUUUUGUGUAUUCUCAGCUUAUCUAAACUUAAUGAAAUUCCUUUUAUAUUUAAAAAUAGUACAUUCCGUCUCAUGUCACAUAUCAGUAGAUCAAUUAGUAUUUCCUUGUGAACAGUGUUAUUUAUAAAGAGCUCAUUAUCAAUAAUAAUUAAUUUUUUUUCUUUUUUUUUUUGAGAUGGAGUUUUGCUCUUGUUGCCCAGGCUGGAGUGCAGUGGCGCAGUCUCGUCUCACUGCAUCCUCCGCCUCCCAGGUUCAAGCAAUUCUGCCUCAGCCUCCCGAGUAGCUGGGAUUACAGGCUCCCACCACCAUGCCUGGCUAAUUUUUUUUGUAUUUUUAGUAGAGACGGGGUUUCACCGUGUUGGUCAGGCUGGUCUUGAACUCCUGACCUCGUGAUCUGCCUGCCUGGGCCUCCCAAAGUGCUGGGAUUACAGGCGUGAGCCACCACUCCCAGCCAUGAAAUAUUUUUACCUAAAAAUUGGGAAUAAGCUUUCUUUUUCUUUGUUUCUUUCUUUCUUUUUUUUUUUCUUUUGAGAUGGAGUCUGGCUCCUGUUGUGCAGGGGCUGGAGUGCAGUGGCACGAUCUUGGCUCACUGCAACCUCCACCUCCCGGGUUCAAGCAAUUAUUCUUCUUCAGCCUCCCGAGUAGCUAGGAUUACAGGCAUGCACCACCACGCCUGGCUAAUUUUUGUAUUUUUAGUAAAGACGGGAUUUCACCAUAUUGGUCAUGCUGGUCUUGAACUCCUGACCUCAUGAUCUGCUCGCCUCGGCCUCCCAAAGUGCUGGGAUUACAGGUGUGAGCCACCGCGCCUGGCCAUGAAAUAUUUUUUACUUAAAAAUUGGGAAUAAGCUUUUGUGUGUGUGUGUGUGUGUGUGCUUGCUUUUGUUUUUGAGAUGGAGUCUUGCUCCUGUCAUGCAGGCUGGAGUGCAGUGGCACGAUCUUGGCUCACUGCAGCCUCUGCCUCCCGAGUUCAAGCAAUUCUCCUUCAGCCUCCAGAGUAGUUGGGAUUACAGGCAUACGCCUGGCUAAUUUUUGUAUUUUUAGUAGAGACAGGGUUUCGUCAUUUUGGCCAGGCUGGUCUUGAACUCCUGACCUCAGGUUAUCUGCCUGCCUCAGCCUCCCAGAGUGCUGGGAUUACAGGUGUGAGCCACUGCGCCCGGCUGGGAAUAAGCUUUCGACUUGCCCAAUUCAGAUAAGUUGAUCUUUUUUUUUUUUUUGACAUGGAGUUUCGCUCUGUCGUCCAGGCUGGAGUGCAAUGGCGCUUGGCUCACUGCAACCUCUGCCUCCUGACUUCAAGCGAUUCUCCUGCCUCAGCCUCCCAAAGUGCUGGGAUUACAGGUGUGAGCCACCAUACCCAGCCCAGAUAGGUUGAUCUUAUAACAAUCCAGAAACAAAUGUCAUAGUCAAGAUUUGGUAGAUAGAUUUAAAACUAAAAUAUUCUGCCGUUGGAAGUGAAAUGUGAUAGCACAUACGUGGACGUUAUGCAUUUAGAGAUGUUAUAAAAAUGUAUUGGCAGUAUACAUAGCACUACUCAAGAAGCCAAAGAAACACUUGUGCAGUGCUAAGUGUCACAUGUCUGCUUCUGCCAGAGGCUAGGAAUAGUGAUCUUGCUAUAAUGUGAGAACCUGAAUCAUGUUUGUAAAAUAGGAGGCUGGGAGCAGUUCCAGGCCACAGUGAAGUGUGUUGCUUCUGUCACUUUAUAUUCUUAUAUUUCCUUUCCCUCAGACAAUCAACUGUUGAUGCCUGUACUUGUGAAAAGUUGUAAGGCAAUUUUUAGGGUUGUUGUCAAAGAAAAGCUUGGAUUACAUUAACAUUUGUACUCAGCCUUUUAGGCAGUACACCAGAGGGGGCUGGGAAUUGUCUGUUUGUUCCUAUGAUAAGUAGAUCUUACUGUAAAAUAGUAAAUGUCCAUUGAAAAGCAAGUAACACAACCUGUGCUAACUGGGAGCACUUGAACAAUUUUGUUCCAUUCUGAAUAACUUUUCAGCAAGUAAUUCUAAGCUUUGUCUUAUAUCCUUGUGUAAAAUUGCUACCUUCAUUUUUACCCUAUUUGAUUUCUUAAAUAAAGAUGUUUGUUCAAGAAAAAAAAAAAAAAAA